AUGGAAAAUGCAUAUAAAGCAAAUCGAGAAAUUCUGAAAAAAGGAGUGGGAAUUGAGCAAAGUGAUAUAGAGGCAGAUAUCAAGAGAAAGGCGUUGGAAAAGAGGUUUAAGGAUUCAAAGGAUAAGAAAAUUAAAGAUGAUAUGAUGGAGAAAAAGAGGGAGCAGGAAGAACAGGAAAAGAGACGCAAAAAGAAAGCCAAAGAACCCGAAUCCACAAAACGUCGAACCGAAGACUGCAAUUCAGAAAAGGCCUUCAAUAGCAAGCACAAAAAAAUGGAGCAGAAAACGAAGCCGUCGGCGAUUCAGAAGAAGAAAGAGAAGACGUGGAGUCUUCAGAAGACACAGGGAACUCUUGAGGAGCCGCCGACGACGAAGAGGAAUACGAAUAUGGAAAAAGAAUUGGGAGAUGAACAAUUUAGUUCAGUGUUCACCAAGAAGAAGAAGACGGCAACUAGGAAGAAAUAG